AUGAAUAAGCACUGGUUUUUAUCGAUGCUUCACAGCCUCCAUACCGGUCGACCUCUGUUGUACCCAAAAACUGUUCUUCGGUCUUCACAAACUCCAGCAGGGUGUGGUGGACUUCGGCCGAGUGAGCCAGCGUCAUGCGUUGAAUAUUCUUUACCAUACUCCGAGGGCAAAUCUCCCUGUGUAAUUUCUCCUGCACGGAAAGAUCUUGAUUGGGCAAAUGAGAAUCUUGCUCAGCGAGGUGUGCAUAUAUACACCUUUGAGGAAGUAAUCAAAAUACCGAAUUUGGAGGCUGUAAUUAUUGCCUCUCCGACAACUACUCAUGCAAGCCAAAGUCUUGUUGCCAUUCAAUAUGGGAUACAUGUUUUAUGCGAAACGUUAGUCACUAUCAAUCUAGAUGAGUUUCAUGGUUCUCGGACUCGUGCUCAAGGAUAUGAUCACACAACCGAAAUAUUUAAUACCAUUGAAAGCAAGGAUCAAAGGUGUCUAGAAAAUCGGGUCGAAAUUUCGGAUUCUACAGGUAUUCAGAAUGAAGUAUUCGAAGGUCGGAUGGAUCUUCAUGCAGAGUCAUCCAUCACGAAAGUCAAUAAUUUCACCGUUGCAAUCCCUGACAGGACCGAGCGUCCGAUAAAGCUUGAUUCGGCGUUGACGGUUUGCAGGAAAAACUGA